AGCCGAAUUUAACAACAUACCUUGGUUAUUUUUUAGCUAACGGUGACACGGUCAAAUUAUCGUUUGAAGUGUAAGCUAGCUAAAAUCAUCAAAUGUAUGAAUGGAGUUUGUUAUGGUACAACGAGAGACCAUAUUGUUUUGUGUCUAGCAAGACCUCGAGCUACUUCUACAGAGCAUUACGGUAUUUAUGCAACUUCCAGGGUGGACCUUUACGUAACUCUACCGCACUACACGCAUAUGCCGGCUGAAAAUAGAGUAAAUAUAUAUAAAUAUACCACCUUUAAACGGUUGUUAAUAGCAACGUAGGAACAUGGCUGCUUGUGCCUUUGCUGUCAAGCUCUUGUCGUCAGUGAGAGGACGGCUUAGUAGCACCGCGCGCUCAGCAGCCCGUGCGUUUGCGUGCAGUGCAGCUCGUGCUCAGAUCCACACCGUGGACGGGUCAAGUGCUCUGACAGGGAAAGUGGACCGGUUCGGUGGCGUGACAGUGAACCUGGCUGAGCUCGGUUUCCCGACGGACAUCAGCGAAAGCUCAUUCAGAAGCCUCCUGCAAGAUUCUUUGCUCCAGUGGAAAGCGGAGGGGAAAGUCGCAGUAUGGCUUCGAGUACCGAUCACUCUGAGUCGAUGUGCUGCCGCCGCGUCCGCUCACGGCUUCACCUUCCAUCACGCCAAAGACGACCAUGCAGUGCUGGCCCUCUGGUUGGGAGAAGGGGAAAGCAGGCUGCCGGGGUUUGCAACUCACCAAAUCGGAGUGGCAGGUGCAGUUGUUGAUGAAUCCAGUGGAAAAGUUCUAGUCGUCCAAGACAGAAACAAGACAAAGAAUGCUUGGAAGUUCCCUGGUGGCUUGUCUGAUCCAGGAGAAAAUAUCGGUGCCACUGCCGUUCGUGAAGUGUUCGAGGAAACCGGCAUUCGCUCCGAGUUCAGGUCCCUGCUCAGCAUCCGGCAGCAGCACAACCACCCCGGCGCCUUCGGUAUGUCGGACAUGUACAUCAUCUGCCGACUCGGCCCGCUUAGCUACGACAUCAAUUUCUGCACUCAGGAGUGUCUGCGCUGCGAGUGGCUGGACCUCGCCGAGCUGGCCGAGACCGGCAACACCACGCCCAUCACCUCUCGCGUAGCCAGGCUUCUGCUUCACGGCCUUGAGCGGGGCUUCAACGAGAUCGACCUCACCAUGGAGGAGCUCCCCGCUGUCUACUCUGGGAUGUUUUACCAGCUGUACCACAGACAGCUUUCUCCGACACUGAAAUCCUAGCGACCCGUCAUCAGACCUGAUGGGGUUAGCAUAUCAUGGCUAGCUCUGUUGACACAUAGUUGUCAAUAUUACUCAUAUUUAAAGUGUAUUUAUGACUGGAAUUAUGUUUGCCGUGUGUUUCACACACUAACUGUUACUGUAGCAGAAAUGCUGUUAAAUACUGUGAACUACAAGAUUCACUUUUAGGUUUUUAAAAAAUUGUGAUACCUGCGUGACCACAGUUUUAUACGGUUUAACACUUUUUGGCGGCCAGGUUGGAAGUCCACAGUUGUUGGGCAACAGUGGCUGCAAGGUACUGUUCUGCUGUACUUUUCACUGGGAACAGGUCAUUUUGUGGCCAGUAUUGAGAUUUCAGCUUGUUAACAAGCAAACCACUGGUUCAUCUGACUGCUAACGGUAGUGGCUAGUUGCUGCAAUAUUAAUAUUGGCUGCCUUGUUAAAUUAGCCUAACGACUGUUAAGGAAAGUCAUAUUUUUGUUGACUGCCUUUCUGUCAUUGAAUUAAGCAUUAUUGACAACAAUUAGUGUAUUUAUAAGUUAUGCUCCAGUGCCAUUGGACUUGGACCUUUUUUAGAAAUCUCAAAUUAUACACUUUUAACAGGGUAACGCAGUUCUAUCAGAAAAAGAUAUGCUCAGGAAACCUGUUCUGUACCCGUUAAAGGUCACUGUGUAACAUUUAGGAGGAUCUAUUGUCAGAAAUGGAAUAUAAUAUUCAUAGUUAUGUUAUCAUUAGUGUAUAAUCACAUGAAUAUAGGAGCCAUCCUGUUUUCUUGUACCUUUUUUAGAAUGAGCCUUUUAUAUCUACAGACGCCUUCCAUGAAGUUCUCCAUGUUGAACCGCCAUCUUUCUACAGUAGCACAGAAGGGACAAACCAAACACUGGCUCUAGAUAGGGUAUUUCGACGGAGAGCAAAGCGAGGGAGUUUCAAUCUGAAACUACACCCCUAGAUGCCACUAAAUCCCACACACUGGUCCUUUAAAGUAAGGUAUUGAGAAGUGUAAAGUAGAAAAAAACAUAUAAGUAGUGCUUGGGUUUUGAUUUUAGUGUGUUUAGUGCGCUUAGUUUUGAUUUUGUCAAACAUUUUGUAUCACAAGAUCAGAAAUUCAGAUUAAUCCCGUCUCUGCAAGUUACAAUAAUGUGGGAUUUGAGAUUUAAGUGAUUUCCUUAAAGCCUUGUAUCUAGGAGACAUGUAUUAAAUAUUCUGCUCUGACCUACAUCUUGCAGCUGAACUCAGACGGCAGCUUGCGCAGUCAGAAGCUGAGAGAGGGGAGAUGUGUGUGGGUAAAAUGAACUAUUAAUGCUGUAGGGGUGCACUUGAACAAGAUGCCUGGCUCCAGUUAGCUGCACUAGUUCAGCAGUUGGUUUGUCUGGUAUAUUUUACUGGGAAGCAGCCAGGUGUGAAUGUGUAGCACUGUUUGAAAGUGAAACUGAAUAAGAGCAGACAUGUUGAGGGUAAAAACUAACUCUUAGGAUAUAACAGUCAGAAAGCAUCACAGCUAUUUUGGGCAAUGUUGAUGGAACACUUUGUCUACAUUGCCGUCACAUCUUCUUCAUUGUUGCUGCCAGUUAGACCUUUAAUAUUUGCCAACCAGAUCCCAGACUAGCACUUGGCAGACAUUGGAAGGAAGAGAAUGGCCUUUUGACCCGGUCCAGUUUUGCUUCCAGACUUGUACUGGCCAGUCCGCUUCAGUGCCACGUACAUGUUUGGGUACUUCCUGGAGCGGUAGGUGUUGUAGUUGUUGCUCUCAAGCCGCUCUAAGAAGUGGCAUUCAUCUGUUGCUCGUCUCUGGAGAGAAAGACACAGAGGAAUAGCAGAUAAGUUUCAUUUGAUGCUCAGUGUGCUGAAUGUAACUGCUGUUCAGUGAGAAACGGUGGGGGGUGCAGGAGAUUUAAACAGGGGAGUUGGCCUGCUGGGAGGAUUAAAUCUGCAGGCUUUUGCUUACAGGACAAAGAACUACUGGGACUCCCUGCCGUCCCAAUACACAUAAAGUAGAUUGUAGCUUGAGGAAAUGUAAGAAACUGUGAAACUAGUCUGUAUUAUGAUGGAGGCUAUCCUGUAUGGCAGUGCUCUCCUCCUCAUUUACUGUAUUUCAACAAAUGGAAUCUGAAGUCAUUCAUAGUGUACUUUUAAUCAAAUGCUUCAGUGUUCACUUCCAAAAUAUUAAUAAUCCUCUAUUUGCGCUUAUGAAAUUCUGGAUGAAGUCCGCCUGAGGGACAUCUGGUUACUUGUAGCAGCAUUUCAACAACUGCGUUGUUUCAUUUAAAAGAUAUUUGAUUGGAUUUGUUUAAUAUAUGUUGUUGGAAAGGGAGAAAAUGUGUAAUGCGGACAUUUUAUGACAUUAAAUUACCACAUAAAACAGCCGAACUAAAUGCCACCUUUAUUUUGAAGGAGACUGUUGGUUUAGAAUCAUUUCUGCUUAGUGUUUCACAUGUAUACACUAAAGAGAUUUGUUUAAAGGGAAUUAAACAUUACACAUCAGGGUGAAUGGGCUAAAAUGUUGAAGAAUUUAUACAAAUCCAGAAACUAAACAAAUAAAGACAUCUUUGACCAACUUGAAUUUGAUAGAAA